AUGGAUCCUUCGCCUUUCUGCCACGACACGCAAGGGGACGAAAAAGCCGAUUUCGUUGCAACUUCAGCCCCAAAUGAGCGACUGAACCCGGGAUUGACAGCCGAAGAAGCCCCUACGCAGCCGGUCUCCCAGCCGCCGGCCGACGAAGAGCAAACUUCAGCAGCAGAACCCUUUCAACCGAUACUACAGCUUCUCGCAGAGCUCGAACGGGAUGAUCCAAAGCUCGCCAUUCAGGCAGCUCGAAUCUUGGGACUCUAUCGACGACUUUGGGAGUCCUGCAUGUCGAAACAUAUUGGCGAUGAGAGGCUGGUACAAACCAACCAUGAGUUGAAAAUGGAGAACGCACGAUUGGAAAAUGAAAAGGGGCUGCUUCUGGCUCAUCAUGAUGAGCAGCUAUCUCAGUUUGAUUAUCUAAACCAAGCAUUGGAGGCUUCUCGGGGGCGAUUGAUCAGCAUUCUCAAUGAUUGGGAGCAGUGA